CUCCGCUCUGCGUGGCGGGCCCGCCCUCGGCGCUGGGGGGCGGGGCCCUUCGCCGGGAGUGCUGGGAGCUGUAGUCUCUAAACGGGUCGGAGCUGGUUGCUGGCGGACCAGCCGGAUUACAACUCCCAGGAUGCGCCGCGAGCGGCGCGGUAUCGGCCCUGGGGGAGACCUGGGCGGUGUGCGCCGGUAGCACGUUCCUCCCGUCCCUUCCCCGGCCCAUUUGCAGAGCAUCCCGGGGAGGGAUGUGAGGGGCAGGGCCGCGACUGUUGCGAAGUGCAGCCGCCGGCCGGCCUCGUACAACUCGCUUUUUCCCCACAUCGAAACCAGACUCGCCUCUUCCCCACCGCCUAAUUCCUUCUCCCACCCGUGUGCCUGUGGAUUUUUCAGAGCAUCGUGCGGAGUCUACGCCCAGAUAACGACUUGCUUUUCUAAACUGCUUAUGGAAACUGGAUUGAUAGCUGAGAAACUUUCCACUUUGCCUGCCUGCUGCCCUAUGUGUACUCAAGACACACUGUGCUAUUUCGGCAGCUUUGGGGAGAAAUUCGCUGUGAUGGCCCCGCUAGCGAGCACAACCAAGAGUUUUAACAGGGUGGUAACAAUGGCUGUUGUUGCUUCGUGAAAAUGUCACCCUCAGGGGUGCCUUUUCCUCAGAUGUGAAAGUCGAGGCAUCUCAGUGAGGUUUCAUUUCUGAUUCCUGAAUGUGGUAUACUGUCAAAAGAACUCAAAAACCUGGUCAUGGAAACUGGAUCCUAUUACUUUGUGAAGAAUUUACCUGUUCAUGAGUUAAUUACACAGGAAUUCAUCAAUACCUUUGUAAAGAAAGGUUCAUGCUAUGCACUAACAUACAAUACAAAUAUUGAUGAAGAUAAUACUGUUGCCCUGCUGCCAAAUGGGAAAUUAAUUUUAUCACUGGAUAAAGACACUUAUGAAGAAACUGGACUUCAAGGUCAUCCAUCUCAGUAUUUUGGCAGAAAAAUAAUGAAAUUUAUUGUUUCCAUUGAUUUGAUGGACUUAUCUUUUAAGCCGGAUUCUAAGAAGUAUGAAAGAAUAUUGUGGUCCUUCAAAGAAAAGAAGCCACUGAAAUUUGAUUUUCUUCUGACUUGGCAUCAUACAGGUGUAGAAGAAUCGAUGAUGUCAUACUUUUGCAAUUACCAAAUUCAUGAACAUCAGCCAAAAAUAGCAGUGAGCACGGUGACAGAUCUGCAGUGCCCAGUACUGCAGAGCAGUGAGCUUAGGGGAGAGCCGGAGGUGUCGUGCAGUGCUGGGGAGCUCCUCGAUUGGCUGGGCGCCGUCUUCUGUAACGCUAAAUUAAAUAAUGAGCCUAAUAGUUUCAUAUCAACUUAUUGUUGUCCUCAGCCAAGCACAGUGGUGGCAAAAGCUUAUUUGUGUACAAUCACUGGUUUCAUACUUCCAGAGAAGAUAUGUCUCCUGUUGGAACAGCUGUGUCACUACUUUGAUGAACCAAAGUUAGCUCCUUGGGUUACGUUGUCAGUUCAAGGCUUUGCAGACAGCCCUGUUUCAUGGAGAGAAAAUGAACAUGGUUUUCGAAAAGGAGGAGAACAUUUAUACAACUUUGUGAUUUUUAAUAAUCAGGACUAUUGGCUUCAGAUGGCUGUUGGAGCAAAUGAUGACUGUCCACCAUAAAAAUGCAAAAUUUAUAGUCAUGUUUAUUUAUGUAUAUGCUUUUAAGAUUUCUGAAUGGUAAAAGGACUGUGUGUUCACUCACGCUUGUGUUAUGGUGUCAUAUCUUAGGUAAGCAUCUAUUAGCAUUACGCUCUGGACUUGGGGCCCAUCCUGUGACUGCUGCUGGGCCUGUCACCCAGCGAAUAGCUCACAGUUGAUUUCUCCCUGUCAAUAUAAACACAGGGGUAUGGGUGACUACAUGGUAGAGUGGGCCAGGGAACAGGGAUUAUGGGAUCAUUGAGUAAGAUGUGUGCUGUUACUCAGGGACUUGAUUACAACUUUUUCACAUAAUAAAAAGAUAUCCUCAUAUCAUAUUUACCAGCGCUCGUCUCUGCAUUAGUGUUGUUCAUGUAUUACCUCGUUUAUUUCUCACAUGAAUCCUAUGAGAAGGCAGGCACAGAGUAUAAAUAAGCUAUCGAGGUCACACUGCUUGUGUAUCUGAGAUUUGAUCUCAGGUCAGCUGGUUCCUAAGUGUGUGUUCUCACUCUCCUGCUUCUGGAUCAGAAGGGAUAGCUGAAUACUAUUAGGUUGGUGCAAAAGUAAUUGCAAUUUUUGCA